GGUCUUGCGGGACCGCAGCCUACUCCGCCCUUGGCCGGGACUGGGCAGCCCCUGCAUCCCCCACAUCCUGUCUAGUGACCCUCGUCCUACCUAGUCUGUCUAGUCGUCGGCCAAGUAGAAUUACAAGGUCGUUGACCCCUUCUCAUUCUCAAAAGUAGAAGUCGAUUCAUUUAUUCAUCAAUCAUUAACUUUAAAAAAAUGCUAAUAAUAAUUUGGCAAGGGUGACAAAAGCAUGUUUGAAGUGCCCAAUACUUCUAGCUACCCAUACCCGUCACAGUGUGAUUGUAAAGCGCAGCACUGUAGGUGCAAAGAGUCUAUUGCGUCAUGUCCUCCCCUUAACUUAGUAUCCUGCGGCCUUGGUUUCUUAAAAUGCACUGAUUGUCCUCUCACCUCUUCAGUUUUGUGAUUUAAAGUUUGAUGGUGGCAUUAUUAUCUGGGACCGUUUAUGUUACUCGGAUAUAGCUACAUAAUAAUGAGGCGAAAGGUGUUUGUAGAUUUAUUUUACAUUACCUGGGAAAUUUAACUCGAAUUCAUUUCAUCUGCCUUUGUUUAUGUCUCAGUAUCUGCUGUCUUCUCCACCUACCCAAUGGAUUUGCAGAAAUACAGGAAAUUCACCAUCUGUCUUCCUUAAUUAAGAGUUUUCACUCUUAUGUGGCUUCCCCAGGGAGCAGAAGUAACUCUUGCUCUAGUGAUUAUUGGACUGAUUUUUUUUUUUUUUCUUCUCUCUCCCUGUGAUUUGGCCCAACUAACCAAGUGUGCUGCACGCUGACACACCUGUUCAGAGGUUAUGGCUGAAAAUCCCAAUCCUGACACCCCAAGUGAUGACAGUUCAGAAUGGCUCUUCUCCUUUGGAGUGAUAGCAGAUAUUCAAUAUGCUGAUGUAGAAGAUGGGUACAAUUUCCAAGGAAGCAGGCGGCGGUACUACAGACACAGUCUUCUUCACCUAAUGCGUGCUAUUGAAGAGUGGAAUAAAGAAAGCAGCCUGCCCUGCUGUGUCCUCCAACUUGGAGAUGUCAUCGAUGGCUAUAAUGCGCAGUAUAAAACAUCAGAAAGGUCUCUGGAACUUGUCUUGACCACAUUUCAGAUGCUUAAAGUCCCAGUUCAUCAUACAUGGGGAAACCAUGAAUUUUAUAACUUUAGUAGAGACUAUUUAACAAACUCUAAACUUAACACAAAGUUUUUAGAAGACCAAAUUGUACAUCAUCCUGAGACUGUGCCUUCAGAAAAUUAUCAUGCUUAUCAUUUUGUACCAUUUCCUAAAUUCCGGUUCAUUUUACUUGAUGCUUAUGACUUGAGUGUCUUGGGCAUAGAUCAUUCCUCUCCAAAAUACCAGCAGUGUAUGAAGAUACUGAGGGAGCACAAUCCAAAUACGGAAUUGAAUAGUCCUCAAGGACUGUUUGAGACCCAGUUUGUCCAGUUCAAUGGAGGAUUCAGCCAAGAACAGCUGAACUGGUUGAAUGAUGUUCUUACGUUCUCUGACACAAACCAAGAAAAAGUGGUGAUUGUGAGCCAUAUCCCCAUUUACCCAGAGGCCUCUGACACUGUGUGCCUGGCCUGGAACUACAGCGACGCCCUGGCAGUCAUUUGGUCUCACAAGUGUGUGGUGUGUUUCCUUGCCGGUCACACACAUGACGGCGGCUACUCUGAGGAUCCUUUUGGUGUGCACCAUGUCAACUUAGAAGGAGUUAUUGAAACAGCCCCGGACAGCCAGGCUUUUGGCACAGUUCAUGUCUACUCUGACAAAAUGAUGUUGAAAGGGAGAGGCAGAGUUCCAGACAGAAUUAUGAAUUAUAAGAAAUAAUUCUCUUUUUAGUCUGGUUUACUGUUUGCCUUUAUAGAAAGAGAAUGACUUUGCUUUGUGCUUGUCUCAACCACACAAAAAGGAAAACAAAACAAAAAAAUAAAUAAAUACUCUUUUGUAUUCUGCUUGCAUCACUAAAUGUGUUUGUGGCUUCAGAGUAUGUUGGUAAAAUAUUCAGAAAUACCACUUUUGGAUGAUAUAAACAUUCCUGAUAAUUAGAAAAAACAAGGGAGGAGAUUGCAAUGGGGGUAAAUAGUUGUCUUUACCUAAAAAAUUUUUGUUUUUGAUUUGUACAAGAGAAUAUAUUCAUGUUAGCUGUAUUACUUAAGAUAUGUAAUAAAAUGUAAAGCCUGGGUAAGCUUUUUCUGUUCACUUUGUGCUAUAAAUGAGCUUUGGACAGGUGCACACUGUACUUGGACUUUACAGGCUUACAUUCUCAUUUUGUG